CCUGAGCUACAAUCACCCAGGAGACUCAGGAGUCAGACUGCUCUCUGCUGGACUGGAGGAUCCACACUGCAGACUGGAGAAACUCAAUGUGGAACAUGGUGGAGAGUACACAAUGAAACCUGGACUUAGAAAAUAUGUCUGUGAUCUCACACUGGACCCAAACAGAGUAUACCGACUCCUCUCUCUGUCUGAGGAGAACAGAAAAGUGACACUGAGGUCAGAGGAGCAGCCGUAUCCUGAUGACCCAGAGAGAUUUGAGAACUAUGAACAGGUGCUGUGUAGAGAGGGUCUGACUGGGCGCUGUUACUGGGAGGUAGAGUGGAGUGGGAGAAGGGUUGAUAUAGGAGUGACAUAUAAAGGAAUCAGCAGGAAAGGAAGGGCUAAUGACUUUUGUCUUGGAUACAAUGACACGUCCUGGACACUUUUCUGCUAUGACAACAGUUACAUUGCCUGUCACAAUAAUAAUCCCAUUGCCAUAGACGUCCGCCCCUCCAGCUUCCAUAGAGUAGGAGUGUAUCUGGACUGGCCAGCCGGCACUUUGUCAUUCUACAGAGUCUCCUCUGACACACUGACCCACCUGUACACAUUCACCUCCACAUUCACUGAGACCCUCUAUCCAGGGUUUAGGGUUUGGUAUGAAGACUCCUCAGUGUCCCUGUGUCAAACACAACAUGAUGUUUCAUUCUAAUCAUGGUCAUGUUCAGUAAGACACAAUGGAUGAGCAAUGUAGAUUAUCUCUCUAGUGUGUAAACCUCUCUAUCCAGGGUGUUUGGUAUGAAUAUCUCUCUAGUGUGUAAACCUCUCUAUCCAGGGUGUUUGGUAUGAAUAUCUCUCUAGUGUGUAAACCUCUCUAUCCAGGGUGUUUGGUAUGAAAAAUAUGUAGUAGCAUUACUUUAAGGUUAAUAUAAAUGAUAGGUGUGUACAAUCGUGUUACUCUGGUUGUGUAAAUUGCUGUUUUCACAUAACUCUGUACCUAUUUCACCACGGCUGUCCACAUCUCGUGUUACUCUGGUUGUGUUAAUGGCUGUUUUCACAUAACUCUGUACCUAAUUCACCACAUCUUGUCUGUUCCGAACAAAGGCUCUCCUCAUCCUCUAUUCUAAGAACCAACUGUUCUUGGUUCUCGUAGGAGAACACAGAGGACUCUGACUAGUUGGCCACCUCAUCCACUAGAUAUGUGUUGGUUCGACACAUUGAGUCAGUUGUGGUGGAACCAGCCAUGACUAAGCAUUAAUAGGUUUACUAUAUGAGACCUCUGUUGGUUUCUGUAUGUCAGAGCUCUUGGCCCAACACUCAAGAGUGUGGGGUCGACCAGCCUCAUUAUUGCAGGGCUCUCAACGAGUCUCUUAUGGGUGCAGUGAUUCAGGGCAGGUGGAGCUGUUAUGAGCCCCAAAUCUUUACCAACAUAAAUCAAAUCCCACCCAAAAAUGGUGGCUUGCUUGUUUUGCAUGUUAUUUUGGCAUUAAUAUGUGACACAUAUCAGUUUGCAAACAAUGUAAUUUUUUAUAAUAUGUAUAUCAUUGAAUUAAUAAAGCUCUAUAGAAACAUU